UUCUCUUAAGCCUUCAGUGUUGUUCUUUUCCAAAUUACUUUGUACUCAUUGAAGUCCGUUGAUUACAUUAAUGUCCUGCGCGGUCAGUUUACGAAAUGAACACGCUCACUGGAUUACUAAUAUAUUGUUGGUGUGGUCAUCGUUACUCGAGUCGUCUAUGGCGGCAGAGUUACGAAAGGAUUUGACGUCUCACCCUAACUGGAAACUGUUGGAUAGAGGUGACGAUUGCGGAUACAACGUAGCAGAUAGGAUCAUUGGAGGGGAUGAAGCAAGUCUGGGACAAUAUCCAUGGAUAGCUCGUCUUGGAUACACAUAUGAACUGGAUGAGAACAAUACGGUCGACACAUACGAGUGUGGUGGAACCAUAAUUAAUUCUAUGUACAUUCUAACCGCAGCCCACUGUAGUCCGGACAUCGUUCUGCUCCAACUGGCAGAAGUUCGACUGGGGGAACACAUCACUACCGCUGAUCCUGAUUGUGUUGACGGAGUUUGUGCUCCGCCUGUACAAGACAUUGUUGUGGACGAGUACAUAUGCCACGAGGACUACGACUCGAAGUCCUACCAGAACGACAUAUGCCUUCUACGGCUGGCCAAACCGAUCGAGUUCAACCAUUACGUAUCACCCAUCUGCCUACCAGUGUAUGACACUUUUCUAAAGCAGUCUUUUGAAUCAAGUGUUAUGGAAGUUGCGGGUUGGGGCAUCACCGAUAUAGCGACUGGAAAGGCCAGCACUGUCCUGCUGACACUCAAUGUGCCCAUCAAGACACAGUUCAUUUGCGAGUUAGCGUACAGUGGCAGGUCCGAGAUCAUCGACAGGCAGAUGUGUGCUGGAGGGGUCGUCGGCCAGGAUUCGUGCUCGGGAGACUCAGGAGGCCCCCUCAUGGCUCCCUUCUCCAUGGACGCUCCCCCGAGAUACUUUAUCAUCGGUAUCGUCUCUUUCGGUCCGAAGAAAUGUGCAAACACCAACACUCCCGGCGUUUACACCAAGGUUUCUGAAUACAUGACGUGGAUCUUGGACCAUUAAGGAAUGAAAUUACUGCCGAAAAGCCAAUAUGUUUACAUUAUUUCACACCCGAACUGGAAUCUGCUAGAUCGAGGGGGUGAUUGUGGGAGAAAUGUAGCUUAUAGGAUCAUAGGAGGGAAGAAUGCCAGGUUAGGGCAGUAUCCGUGGAUCGCUCGUCUCUUGUAUGAAGAUGAACUGGAUGAGAACAAUACGGUCGACACAUACGAGUGUGGUGGAACCAUAAUUAAUUCUAUGUACAUUCUAACCGCAGCCCACUGUAGUCCGGACAUCGUUCUGCUCCAACUGGCAGAAGUUCGACUGGGAGAAUACAUCACUACCACUGAUCCUGAUUGUGUUGACGGAGUUUGUGCUCCGCCUGUACAAGACAUUGUUGUGGACGAGUACAUAUGCCAUGAGGACUUCGACUCGAAGACCUACCAUAACGACAUAUGCCUUCUACGGCUGGCCAAACCGAUCGAGUUUAACCAUUACGUAUCACCCAUCUGCCUACCAGUGUAUGACACUUUUCUAAAGCAGUCUUUUGAAUCAAGUGUUAUGGAAGUUGCGGGUUGGGGCAUCACAGAUAUAGCGACUGGAAAGGCCAGCACUGUCCUGCUGACACUCAAUGUGCCCAUCAAGACACAGUUCAUUUGCGAGUUAGCGUACAGUGGCAGGUCCGAGAUCAUCGACAGGCAGAUGUGUGCUGGAGGGGUCGUCGGCCAGGAUUCGUGCUCGGGAGACUCAGGAGGCCCCCUCAUGGCUCCCUUCUCCAUGGACGCUCCCCCGAGAUACUUUAUCAUCGUCUCCAUGGUUAUCUGUAACGUCACCCAUGUUUGUGUCUUAUUUACAUCUGUUGUUCUAUCGUGUGCCACGUACCAUACCAUACGGAAAGACAUUAUUUCACACCCGAACUGGAAUCUGCUGGAUCGAGGGGGUGAUUGUGGGAGAAAUGUAGCUAAUAGGAUCUUAGGAGGGAAGAACGCCAGGUUAGGGCAGUAUCCGUGGAUCGCUCGUCUCUUGUAUGAAGAUAUAAAUGAAAAUAACGAAACUAAUUUCAUUUACGAGUGUAGUGGAACAAUUAUCAGCGAGAGAUAUAUACUUACAGCUGCCCAUUGCAGCCCACAGUAUAUGAAAAUUCCAUUGAUCUCAGUACGUCUAGGUGAACACAAUGUACGAACAAAUCCUGAUUGUGAAGAUGGAGUUUGUGCUCCUCCUGUACAAGACAUUAUAAUUGAAGAGAAUACGUGUCAUGAAAACUACACAGAAGACUUGCUUCACGAAGACAUUUGCAUUCUUCGAUUAACAAAUCCAAUACAAUUUAAUGAUUUUGUAUCUCCAAUCUGCCUUCCUAUUUAUGAUUUUUUCCAACAAAUUAAUUAUGAAGGGAAGUCCUUGGAAGUAGCCGGAUGGGGAGUUUCUGAUAUAUUUGUGGAAACUGGAAGUGACAUUUUACAAACACUGAGGCUGGAGGUACUGAACCACAGCCAGUGCGUCCAGACGUACAAGAACAGAAAGAAGCAGAUUAUCCCCAAGCAGAUGUGUUUGGGAGGGGUCAUCGGCAAAGACUCGUGCGCAGGGGACUCAGGCGGUCCCCUAAUGGCCCCCUUCUCCGUGAAUGCCUGGCCAAGAUACCAUCUCAUCGGCAUUGUCUCCUUCGGCCCCGUAUUCUGCGCUGACUCGAAGGUCCCCGGAGUUUACACGGUAGUCUCCGAUUAUAUGAAGUGGAUCUUGGACAAUAUCAGAGAAUAAAGACUAGUUACAAAACACU